GGAAUCACUUUCCAUACCUCUUUUCACUUUGCCCAGCACCCCACUCAUCCUAUACCUCUGUUUGUUCGCGUGAGAGAGAGAGAGAGAGGUGAGAGGGAGACAGGGGGAGAGAGAGAUGAGAGAAGGGAAAACAAAAAGAAUGAGGGUGGAAAUUGAAGAUGGUCCCUUUCUCCUUACUCUUUAAUUAGCUCUCAAUCUUGACACGGUCACCCCUGCAGCUCUCUCUCUCUCUCUCUCUCUUUUCUUUACUAUCUACCUGGUGAUCUUUCAACUGAAUCAGGAAGAGAAAAGGUAAGAGCAAAAGUUGUAAGAGUGCUUGAGUAGCAACUCUUAGCCUAAUUGGCAUAAGGAAAAAUCCUAUUCACUGCUUCUUAAUCCCCUGCUCGGCAAAAUGGUUUCAAGAUCAUACACAAACCUCCUUGACCUUGCCUCUGGCAACUUCCCUACCUUUGGCCGGACAGGCAAAAAGCUUCCCCGGGUGAUGACUGUCACGGGGGUCAUCUCCGAUCUUGACGAUGAGAAUACAAAUAGCAUAACCUCAGAUGGACCCUCCUCCGUGUCCCAAGACCGAAUGAUCAUAGUCGGCAAUCAGCUCCCUAUUCAUGCCCGCAGGAGACGUGAUUCCAAGGGCUGGGACUUCAGCUGGGAUGAAGAUUCCCUACUCCUACAGCUCAAAGAUGGUCUUGGAGAGGAUGUCGAGGUUGUCUACAUUGGUUGCUUGAGGGAGGAGAUUGAACUGGAUGAACAAGAUGGAGUCUCGCUGACCUUGCUCGAGAACUUCAAGUGCGUGCCUACGUUCCUUCCCCUGGAUCUUUUUUCCAAGUUCUACCAUGGGUUUUGCAAGCAGCAUCUUUGGCCCUUGUUCCACUACUUGCUCCCACUUUCCCCUGAUCUCGGUGGCCGCUUCGAUCGGAGCCUUUGGCAAGCAUAUGUUUCAGUCAACAAGAUUUUCGCAGACAAAAUCAUGGAAGUGAUAAACCCAGACGACGACUUCGUUUGGGUCCAUGAUUAUCAUCUUAUGGUGCUGCCAACGUUCCUGAGGAAGAGGUUUAACAGGGUGAAGCUUGGCUUCUUCCUCCAUAGUCCAUUUCCCUCUUCUGAGAUUUACAGAACCCUUCCUGUGAGAGAUGAACUCCUUAGAGCUCUUCUGAAUGCGGAUCUCAUUGGCUUCCACACAUUUGAUUAUGCAAGACAUUUCCUUUCUUGCUGCAGUAGGAUGCUUGGCAUUGCAUAUGAAUCGAAACGGGGUUACAUUGGACUUGAGUACUAUGGUAGAACCGUCAGCAUCAAAAUUCUUCCGGUUGGGAUUCAUACCGGGCAAAUUCGGUUGGUGCUAAGGUUUCCUGAGACUGAAGCUAGAGUGGCAGAGCUUAGAGAUCAAUUCAAAGAUAGAAUCGUGUUACUUGGAGUUGACGACAUGGACAUAUUUAAAGGGAUCAGCUUGAAGCUUUUGGCCAUGGAGCAGUUGCUUAUGCAGCACCCAGAGUGGAGGGGGAAGCUUGUUCUGGUUCAGAUCGCGAACCCUGCAAGAGGUCGAGGAAAAGAUGUCCAAGAGGUGCAGUCUGAGACCUAUACAACCACUAAAAGGAUCAACGAGAGAUUUGGAAGGCCAGGUUACACGCCUGUUAUUCUCAUUGAUAGCCCUCUGAAAUUCUACGAGAAGAUUGCUUAUUAUGUGAUUGCGGAGUGUUGUCUGGUCACAGCAGUGAGGGAUGGGAUGAAUCUAAUACCAUAUGAGUAUGUUAUUUGCAGGCAAGGUAAUCCUACUCUGGAUAGGAUAUUGCAGUUUGAUCCAUCGGUACCCAAGAAAAGCAUGCUAGUUGUCUCCGAAUUUAUCGGUUGUUCUCCAUCUCUUAGCGGUGCUAUUCGUGUCAACCCAUGGAACAUAGAUUCUGUGGCAGAAGCCAUGGAUUCAGCUUUGGUGAUUCAAGAGUCAGAAAAACAAUUGCGACAUGAGAAACACUACAAGUAUGUGAUCACCCAUGAUGUUGGAUACUGGGCAAAUAGUUUCUUGCAAGACUUGCAAAGGGCAUGCCGCGACCACAUCAUGAGGAGGUAUUGGGCUGUAGGUUUUGGCUUGAGUUUCAGGGUCAUCGUGCUCGAUUACACCUUCAGAAAGCUUUCGGUCGAUCACAUUGUUUCUGCCUACAAGAGAACUAGUAGCCGAGCCAUUCUCUUGGAUUAUGAUGGCACCAUAAUGCCACAGACAUCGAUCAAUAAGACUCCAACUCGAGAGGCUAUCAAUACAUUGAAGAGCCUGUGCAAUGACUCCCAAAAUGUGGUUUUUCUCGUCAGUGGAAGAGAAAAGAAAACUUUGGGCGAGUGGUUUUCUUCAUGCGACAAACUAGUAAUUGCCGCAGAGCAUGGGUACUUCCUGAGGGAGAAGUCUGAUUUAGAAUGGGAAACAUGUGUUUCUGUAGCUGACUUUGAAUGGAAGCAGAUAGCUGAGCCUAUCAUGCAGUCAUACACUGAAGCAACCGAUGGCUCAUACAUUGAGACCAGGGAAAGCGCACUUGUCUGGCACUAUCAGGAUGCAGAUCGAGAUUUCGGGUCAUGCCAGGCCAAGGAGCUUCUUGACCAUCUAGAGAGUGUCCUUACUAAUGAGCCAGUUUCCGUGAAGAGUGGCCAACACAUCGUAGAAGUCAAGCCACAGGGUGUUUCAAAGGGCCUGGUGGCUGAACGACUUCUUUCAAUGGCGUGCCAAAGGGACAAGCUUCCAGAUUUUGUUCUAUGUAUUGGCGAUGAUCGAUCCGAUGAGGACAUGUUUGAAGUGAUAAUGAGCGCCAAGUCAGGACCAAAUUUGUCACCUAUUGCAGAAGUAUUUGCCUGCACAGUCGGGCAGAAACCGAGCAAAGCUAAGUACUUUCUGGAGGACACAACGGAGAUUGUUAGAAUGUUGCAGGGCCUCGCGUCGGCUGCUUCCAAUCCUCAAACUCUGCCUGAGUAACGCGUUCAAAUGCAGCUACUAGUUGUUUUUAAUGUCCUAAUAUCUAUGGUGAAUGAUCACUUCAUGUUUGUUUUUGUUUCCUUAGCUUAUGAUGUAGACAUGUGUAUGCUUAUCAACUUUAUGGUAGAGAUGAACAGUUGUUUGAUGCCAUCUCCUAAUAAUGGCCUAUUUUGAACAUUUCUGAA